AGUUGUCAUGGAGACGUCGGCCCGUGGGGGCGGGGCGUGUGGGAGCGGGGCCCGUUUGUUUUGUUAUUGAAGGUCACAUGGCCCAAGGUGAGGCUCCUCCCUCCUCCUCCCCCCGUUAGCACCGAUUCAACCGUCUCCUGCUCCGGUCAGUUACUACAAAAUGGCUGCAGAGGCUCCGCCGCCGAUGAGAACCUACUGAACGCUUCAUGCUGUGAAAAGAAGCAAAAAAAAACACGAGAAGAGAACCAUUUGAUGGAAGAUAAGAAAAAGAAAAAGCAAGACGAGAAGAAAAAGAAAGAAGCUGCUCAAAAAAAGGCCACAGAACAGAUAACCAAAGUGCCAGACUCUGCCAAGCCCGACCCCGCCCUUCCUCCUGCCCCCGUCAGCCCCAGCGCCGCCCCGUCUGUACCCCCAAGCAGUGGAAAUGGCAAGCGGGCCCCGCCGGGAGGCCAGCCUCAGACAGCCCAGCAGCCCCAGACCCCGGUCCAGCAGCGCUACCCACCCAGAGAGGUGCCUCCACGCUUCCGCCAGCAGGAGCACAAGCAGCUGCUGAAGAGGGGUCAGCCGCUGCCUGCCGGGACGCUGCCGCUCAUCACCACGGGACGCGCCGCCACUAGUGAACCUGCAGCAACAGUAGCCAUACACUCCUCUCCCUCCUCUUCCUCCACAGCCAGCCUGCCCACAGAACUGCCCCCACAGAGUGGCCAGGGAUCCCAGUAUGAUAAUCCCCUCUGGGGACAUCAGCCAGCCAACAGGAGUGCCACAAAUGCUGCAUCUUCCCCCAGUCUCAGUGGCUGGGAUCAACUGAUCAUUGACCAGAAGGACACAGAGGCUUGGCCUUCUAUUACCCUCAGCCAGAGCCAGGCCCCUCCAGGAGGAUGCCCUUUGGACACUGAUCCUGGUCACUUGACCAGCAGCAGCAGCAGCAGUAGUACUAGCAGUAGUUGUAGUACAGUGAGUAUGGCCACGGGAGCCAAUAGCCAGACAGGCCACUUCCCUGCCAAUCACCUUAGCAGCAAAGCCAACAGUGGGCCCAGCCCUGCCAAUCAUACUGGAACCAGCAUGCUUUCUAGCCAGGUUGCAACCAGUCGCAGCUGGGGCACUGGGCCUGGACCCUCCCAUUGCCCCCCUCAGUCCUCAGUGGGGAGUGAAGGGAAGGGUGACAGCCCAGUGGGAGGAGGAGGAAGCAGCAGGGGAUGGGGUUCUUCUUCAUCAUCCUCCACCACCAACUUUAACUUGAACCUAAACCCUAAUGCCAACCCGUCUGCCUGGCCCAUGUUGGGGCAUGACGGGGGCAGCACAGGGGGAGGCAGCUCAGGGGGAGCCAACACCAUUUCACCUCCUCAACCUACACCUAACCUCUGUAAUCCACCUGGCCCCCCACCAGCCAAGACCAGCACCUGUACCGGAGCCAACACUAACAGCAACUCCUCGGGGAUUGGCAGCGCCUGGGGUACCAUAAUGGCUUCUGAUGCAUCAGAGCCACACCCCUCCCCGUCCACGAAUGUGUCUUUCAGUUCAGAACCUCAGAACCUUAAAACUGAUGGACCAAAUCACACUAAUAAGCAGGAACCCCCCAGUCCUAUUCGCAACUUGCCUGGCUGGGGUAGUGCACCUGUAGGCUUGGGUUCCAUGGGUCAGCCUCCAGCAGGGGGCUCACAGGUCAAUGGGGAAGAUGGUAGCUCGGUAUGGGGCAACAGUGGCAACUCAAAAGCAGCUCCUUCUAAGGAGGCACCUGGCUGGGACUCUGGCUGGGGCCAUGGAGGAGGUGGAGCAGGGAAUUCUGGAGGCUGGGGUGAACAGUCUGCUGGGGACUGGGGUAAGCAGCACACUGAAGAGGCCCAGGGGGGCUGGGACGCACCCAGCUCUCCUCCCCAGGAUUCACAGGCUAGUCCUUGGAGCAGAGCUGUGAGCACAGCGGGUGCUAGUGAAGGGAGCAGUGACAGCAUGGAAGGACAUCCCCGGCAGAGAGACCACUCAUCCAGAGAUAAUCCAGCUCCUCUGCUGCCUGCCCAGGAUCUGGACCCCAGGGUGCUGUGCAACACUGGCUGGGGACAGACCCCUGUUCGCCAGCACACCUCCUGGGACAUGGACAAUACUAAACGCAAGAAUGAUGCAGGCAAUGAAUCAUGGGGCUCCGGCCCAACUACUCCAAGCGAUGCCCAGGGGCCGUCCAAUACAGGCCCCUCUCAGAGGACUGACUCUGGGAGCAAAAAUGAUGUGCCUGGUUCUCAGGGAGCUUCUGGUUGGGGUGGAAGCAUAGCUGCUACCAACCAGCCCAGCUCUGGUUGGGGAGAGCCGCCCAACAACGUUAAGCCCCCAGGAGGCCCUGGUGGCUGGGGGAACCCUCCAGCAGGGGGCCCCAACACCAACAUACCCAAGAAUGGUGGUCAGUCGUGGGGAGAGGAGAAGUCGACUGGGUGGGAAGAUUCUCACGUCAAGUCAACAUCCCAGGGCUGGGGAGAGCAACCCAAAGCAUCCCACAACUGGGGCAAUAGUGGAGGGAGCAAUAAUGCAGGAGACUGGGGAGAACCAGAAGAGAGCAAAAAGAGUCCCACUAAUCCUGGUUGGGAGGGAGAAGCAGGAGGCUGGAAGGAAAACCCACGAGGCUGGGGAAUGUCUUCUUCUUCAGGACCUGGGAUAUCUGGAUCUGGAGGAAAUGGAGGCUGGGGAGAGUCUGUCCCCCAGCGUCCCAGUGGCCCUCCUCAGGGUUGGGGUGGGAAGCCUCAGGAUGGGCCCAGUGGUAAUAGUGGAGGAGGGGCCAUGGGCUCUUGGAGUGGCUCAGGCUCAGUGAAGCAGGGUGCAGGCUGGGGUGGUGGUAAGCAGGACUCCUCUGCUGAGCCUACAGGCUGGGAAGAACCCUCCCCUCCUUCAAUCCGACGUAAGAUGGAGAUAGAUGAUGGGACCUCCGCCUGGGGGGACCCUGGUGCCUACAACAAGGCAGUCAAUCUGUGGGACAGGAACAAUCCAGGAAUGUCCCAGACUAAAGUCACCACUGGAGGCAAUAAUCCACCAGGUUCCAACAACAACCAUCCCCACUCUCACAAUCACCCUUAUCAUGGGCCACCUGCACCUUUACAGAACCAUAGCCAAAACAGCCAAAACCCAGGCCCCACCAGUGGGCCUAUGGAUCCCACUGUGCCACAUCAGUCUGGGCCAACUCACAACAGGGGUCCCCUGAUAGCUCAAGGUUGGGGAGAGCUGCCCAGCUCCCACACAAAAUCAGAGAGCUCCUGGGGGGAACCUGCACCGUCUCCGGUCAGCGUGGAUAAUGGGACGUCUGCCUGGGGCAAACCUAGCGGGAGCUGUGGGGGAUGGGGAGAAAACAACCCGGACAACUAUGGCAGGGGCAACCCAGCAAUGACGUCUGCACCUUGCAAACCUGCCCCCAAACCUAUGCAAGACGGAUGGGGAGGUGGAGGUGAGGAUCUCAGCCUGUCGGGUGGUCAGUGGGAUGCAGAGGAGGGAGACAUGUGGAACAGCACUGCCUCCCAGGAGAGCAACUCUUCCUGCAACUCGUGGGGCAACGCAUCCAAGAAGGGCCCGCAAAAGGGGAAGGUCCCCGGGAAGCAGGAGGACGCCUGGAUCAUGAAUCGUCUCAUCAAACAGCUGACAGACAUGGGCUUCCCUAGGGAUCCAGCAGAGGAGGCUUUGAAGAGCAACAACAUGAACCUGGACCAGGCCAUGAGUGCCCUACUGGAGAAGAAGACGGAGCUGGACAAGCGUGGGAUGGGGAUAUCCGGCCACGACUACAACAACGGGCUCAUCACCAAGCCUAUGAGCUGCCCUCGGCCUCCACUUCUUUCCAAAGACCCUUCAGCGGAUCCUCGCUUGCCCUUCAUGGAUAAGAUGCAGAGUGGAAUGUUUGGCGGUGGUGGAGCAGCACAAGCCCGGGCCAUGCAGCAGCAGCAGCAGCCGCCUCCUCAGCCGCCAGUGCCGCCUCUCAGCUCCUCUCAGCCUAGUCUACGUGCUCAAGUGCCUCAGUUUCUCUCCCCUCAGGUUCAAGCACAGCUCUUACAGUUUGCAGCAAAAAACAUUGGUCUGAAUCCUGCACUUUUAACCUCACCAAUAAACCCUCAACAUAUGACCCUUCUGAAUCAACUUUACCAGCUGCAACUGGCGUACCAGCGUUUACAAAUUCAACAGCAGAUGUUGCAGGCGCAGCGCAGUGUUUCUGGCCCCAUUCGACAACAAGAGCAGCAAGUCGCACGUACAAUCAAUAACAUGCAGCAGCAGAUCCAACAGCACCAGCGUCAGCUGGCCCAGGCCCUGCUGAUAAAGCAGCAGCAACAGCAGCCGCCCCCUUCCCACUCAGGCCUGCAUCCUGGAGGGGCCAAAUCCUCCCUGGAUUCAUUUCCAGGUCACCCCCAGGCUCCAGGCCUCCCUGACCUGCAGACCAAAGAGCCGCAGUCGUCUCCCAACACCUACAGCCCCUACUCACUCUCUGGACUGAAUCCAAACAUGAAUGUAAACUGCAUGGAGGUGGGAGGUUUAUCUAUGAAGGAACCCCCCCAACCCCAGUCCCGCCUGUCACAGUGGACGCACCCAAACUCCAUCGAAAGCCUCUCUGGAAACUCCUCUCCUCUGGAGCCCAACCUGGGCAAGCAUGGUGCCAACCUCGGCCCUCCUGGUAAACCCCCUCAGCUGGACGACUCGUACAGCCCCUACAACCUGAUGUCCAGCUCAGAGUCUCCUACCAGCCCCCUGGUGGCCCCAGACAGCUGGGGUCAGGGCAAGAGCAGCAGUGACAAGAUGGCCAACGGGACCAAUAUCAACUGGCCUCCAGAGUUUUGCCCUGGUGUUCCCUGGAAGGGCCUCCAGAAUAUCGACCCUGAGACUGACCCCAACGUGACCCCCGGCAGCGUCCCCAGUGGACCCACCAUCAACACCAACAUCCAGGAUGUCAACCGCUACCUGCUCCGGGACAGGAGUGGAGGCUCCUCUCCCACUUCAUCUCAGAACGAGGCUCUGCCUCCCUCCACUGAUUGGCCAGUCAGUGCCUACACUAGCUCGUUCAGUCUUUCAUCCCCGGAGAUGGACGAUGCAGGUAAACUGUCAGAGAUGAAGUCCACUUGGUCUCCGGGCCCCAUUUCUCACAGCCAGGCCUCCCUGUCCCACGAGCUCUGGAAGGUCCCUCAGGGCCCUCGGAGCAGCUCCACGGCUCCAUCCCGCCCCCCACCGGGCCUCACCAACACAAAGCCUUCCUCCACCUGGGGGGGCAACUCUCUGGGUCUGGCCCAAGGCUGGAGCAGCUCUUACACCACAGCAGGUACCACCUGGAGUACAGACAGCUCCACCAGGACCAGUAGCUGGCUGGUUCUGAGGAACCUCACUCCACAGAUUGACGGUUCCACUCUGCGUACACUGUGCAUGCAGCACGGCCCUCUCAUCACAUUCCACCUCAACCUGACGCAGGGAAACGCCGUGGUGCGCUACAGCUCCAAGGAUGAAGCUGCCAAGGCUCAGAAGUCCCUGCACAUGUGUGUGCUCGGGAACACCACCAUCCUGGCCGAGUUUGCCGGGGAAGAGGAAGUGAACCGCUUCUUUGCACAGGGCCAGUCGCUCGGCGGGACGACCAGCUGGCAGGCCACCCCGGGCACCAAUCAGACGAGGAUGGGCGGUACCGGGUCCGGAGCCUCUCAUCCCACCGGUCACUCGCCCCACUGGAACAACAACAACGGCGCCGGCAGCAGCAGUAGCAGCAGCCUGGGAGCAGGAGGAACGAAGACAGGCGGAGAGCUGCUUUGGGGUGGUGUUCAGCAGUAUUCAAGCCUGUGGGGACCUCCGAGCGGAGAGGAGGGACGGGUGAUGGGGAGCCCCACCCCAAUCAAUACACUGCUGCCUGGGGACCUGCUGAGCGGAGAGUCCAUGUAGGAGAGGCUAAAUAUACACCAACAGGAGCAAAAACUUUGCAAAUCAAUGUGGAGAUAAUCAGCGUGGGCGUAAAGGUGAAAAGGAGAGACGGGAGGAGGACGAGGCCACAUCUUCGCUGCUUGUCCUUGACCUCCUCCACUCCUUUUGUUUUUAACGACAUUUCAGUUGCAGUUCUUUUGUGAAUCUCACCGAGAGAUUUUGGUCACAGUGUUCAGUUUUUACUUGUGGAGACGCAGGAGGAAGUCUUUCAUUCAACUUUGUACAGAGACAAACUUUUGAGAACUCGCCGUGUGAAAUAUACUUUAGUCAAACUGACACAGUGACGAGCUGCCAUGUUUAGACUCGCGUAAUCCCUCACUGCCUUUUGAGGCAAUCAUACUGCACCUCAGAGAUCCAUGAACAAGGCAUCAUUCCCAAAGUAAAAACCCUUCAAUCAGAGCGGUUGUUGAACGUUCAGCUGGUCCAGACUCGACAUUUGUUUCUCUCAGCACUAAUAUUAGCCUUAAACUAUUUCCUGCCCUGCUAUCCUCACUCACUCUGUACUUGGUGAAGAAGCAUACGGACACUUGCACACCCUUAUUUCUGAGCCAGUGAGACCUAAGUGGAGAGUACAUGCUGCUGCGGCUUACCAGAAGCAACCACAGCUCACAACUUCAGUGCAUUUUUUUUGCAAGCAGAUCGAGUUCCCCACACGACGCUCAAAGGGAAUGAUGCAACUCUGUUCGCCUUGUUCAAGCCAUUUAUUUUUGUAGUGUUUUUUUUUUUUCUUGAACCAUUGCAAACAAAGCUAAGAAAUGAUAUUAUUCAAAUGUGUCUGUCAACCUUACCUGGCGGAGGGGUCGGGUGACGGUGGUCGCAUGUACAGUGAAAGACGGAAAACGAACCACUGCUUUUACUACGGAACUGUAAAGACAAACACUUCGAUGCACCUCAACUCACCUGCGGGGCGACUCGCAGUUCAGACCCUCUCACUGAUGUUGUGGAAAACCUCAAGUCGAGCCCCCCUCACCCGCCUCCUCCCCUCCCUCCCUCCCCCCCAGCGGCGUCCACUCCACCUGCAAAACACCUGCAUUACAAAGCGACGUGCAAUACAAGCCACAGACUCUACCGUCCGAGCCGCCCUACCACGGCCUGAGAGGAGACUAGAAGGAACUGCAAAAACUUUAUCUGCCCCCUCCCACCAUUUAAAAAAAAAAAGAAAAGAAAAACUGCCACUACUUUCUCCCCUUCAUCUCCCCCUCCUCACCUGUAAAGAGUGUGAACUCAGGAGAGUAGCGAAGCUGGUCCUCAACCAUCUUCUGUCCGAGACACAAGGACACAAAGCACUUCUUCUUCAGCCGGCCUGCUCUCCACACCUAGACUGGUUUUAGGGGAGAGGGAGGGACUGGUGUGUGUGUGUGUGUGUGUGUGUGUGUGUGUGUGUGUGUGUGUGUGUGUGUGUGUGUGUGUGUGCGUGCGUGCGUGCGUGCGUGCGUGCGUGCGUGCGUGCGUGCGUGCGUGCGUGCGUGCGUGUGUGUGUGUGUGUGUGUGAGUGUGUUUCUGUGUGUGUGUGUGUGUGCGUGAUUGGGGAGUAGGCAUCAAACCAAAAUGAGAGGAGCCCAGAAGACCAGAUGACUUUUUUUCUUUCCUCCUUUUUGCCCACAUUUGCAUCGGUAGUAAAAAUGAACGAGUGGUCGAUGAUAGCACUUAUUUACCCUCAAUGCCAACAAAUAGAAGAGAGGAGAAGCAACACUGGCGAAUAAAAACUGAAAAAGCAAAGACAAAAAAAAGCAAUCUGCUAAGUGGCUUCUCUAUAUACUUAUUUUUUAACUUAACAUGGAUGUGAAUAGUUUUUUUUUUUGUUGUUUUGUUUUUGGAAUCCUUCUUCCCUCAAGUCAGCGGGACCAGAAAGGAUGUCAAACAUGGUAGCAAAGUGAAGGGAAAAUACAAAGAACUCAACUGACGAUGGGUGUGGCUGGGAAGGACCCCCAGAAAGCACCUCAUCCUCACCCUCUUAUAUCAAAGUAAAUAUCACUGUUUCAUUGCAACUUGUUUAGCCUUGGUGUCUGGAAACGCUCGCCGUGUUCUACUGGGUCCAGCAGGGAGGACCGCCGUCUCUUCUGUCCUGGUUUGUGUUGGAGGCCCUGCCAACCUGUGUGAUAGUGUGGCCACUGAGUGCCUGCCUGCUGCAGAGUGCCGUGCUGCAGCAGCCCUCAUCCCUCCCCCUUCCUUCCUCCCCCGUCGCUCGCUGCCUCCCUGCGGAUCCCCACAGACUGGCUUCCCUCCUCUUCCUCCCUCCUUUUGAGCAGCUCUUUCAGAACUGGCCCACCUGUAUUAAAUCUACUACUACUGCUACGCCAGUCCUCAGCAAACCUCCACUUCCACUCUCUCUCCUGCAAGGAUCACUUUAGCCACAGAUGGAGUUGUUUGAUGUGUUUUGUUUUUUCUCUCUCUUGGAUUUUACUUAUGGAAUUGCCAGUGUGCAUUUUUUUUUAUUUUUGUUGUUGUGAGAUGAUGUUGUUGCUGUUAUCAUUAAUGAUAUAGUUCAUGAUUGUUUCUGAUGAUGAUGACGAUUUCAUGGCUUUUUAAAUAUCGGUCUUUAUGCAGUGUUCAGCUUCUCUCCUGCCCCUCCCACGGCCUCCGAGGCAAAAACCAGUGUGUAGUGACGAGGUACGCAUUGGUGGGUGAAGCGUAGUCCAGGAUAGCGAGCCAGCGCCCCCCCACCCCACCCCGUCCAUCCUGGGGUCUACUCACUCACGCUGGUGCUUUAACUCUGGGAGCACUCAGUUAAACUUAGAACCACCUCAACUGACAACAGCCUUCCAUUUCUAUGCAACGACGAGGAGGUGUUCGUUCACAGCCAUCCCCUGACAUCUGCCAACCUUCACUUAUCUCUCAACCUUUACGACCAGGCAGCUUCUCUCCAAACCUCACCUGGAAAACGUGUAGGGGGACACUGAAGGAGCCUGUCUUUUAGUGCCGUGGACGGAGCUAUUAGAUGACACUAGUUGUUGGCAAGCGGUCUUCAGUCUUGUGCCAACUGAUUUACAGAUAUCUACUUCCACCUUCCUAAUUUAUCUUUAGUACCAGGAGUGUUUCUUACCACUGCAGGGGCUUCGGCUGUAGGAGGGCAGGACGGGCCGGGGGGCACUGGAGGAUGUAGACGAGGCUGCAGUAGGAGGAGGGGGGAGGUCCCUGUAUGUGUCUGUGCACUGUUUAUGGGUCACAUCGGGUACAUCUCUUUAAAAACCAAAAACAUUAUCUUUUUCUUUAUCAUCAAGGUUUUCGCAAAAACUAGAAACUACGGAGAAAAAAAAGUCUGUUUCAGCUGUGCACUCCGAGGCAUAGAUGUUCUGUUUCUCUGCAAGCUGCCGCCUUCUCACCCUGACUGAGGGGAAGCUGUAUCCUGGAGGUUCAUGUCAGACCACCAACCCGAAGGUCGCACCAGCCAGUAUAUGUACAGAUAUAUACACUAGCGUUCAAAAGUUUAGGGUCACGUAGAAACGUCCUUAUGUUUGAAAGAAAAGCAUUUUUUCAAUGAAGAUAACAUUAAAUGAAUGAUAAAUCCAGUCUAGACAUUGUUAAUGUGGUAAAUGACUAUUGUAGCUGGAAACAGCUGAUUUUUAAUGGAAUAUCUCCAUAGAGGUACAGAGGAACAUUUCCAGCAACCAUCACUCCUGUGUUCUAAUGCUACAUUGUGUUAGCUAAUGGUGUUGAAAGGCUCAUUGAUGAUUAGAAAACCCUUGUGCAGUUAUGUUAGCACAUGGAUAAAAGUGGGAGUUUUCAUGGAAAACAUGGAAUUUCCUGAAGUUUGGGGUCAUGAAUUGUCCCCCCAAACAUUUUUAUGAGUUAAUUUUUGGCCAUUUUUGACAGGUUAAUUGAGAGGCAGACAGGGCAGGAGGAAGACCUGCAGCAAAGGCCCUGAGCUGGAUGGAACUCAGGCCGCUGUAUCGGGGAACCUCGCCCUGUUUACGGGUGGCCUAGUUGAGCUAUCUGACCACCAGUGACCCAAACCUUUGAACGGUAGUGUAGAUGUAUCCAGAUGUAUGUAAACAACAGGUCAUUUCUGCACAUCUGGCUCUGGGGUUGGAGCAGCGGCCCGACGCAUCGGCAGAAACAGGGACACACCUCAAGUUGGGUACCAAGUCUUAAAUCGUAGGGGAUUCGCCCUCUUCCAGAGUCGCUUCAGACUCGUUCAACACAAACAAUCACUAUUGCCCAUGCUGUCUGUCUGUGAUUGUUCCUGAAAACCUGCAUUUACUCCACACUGGACUUGAAUCAAGGAACUGGUGGUGAAGUGAACCGAGUGGGAGGACCGGGCGACCGGGACCGAGGUCGAGGCCGGAUCCUCCCACACCCACGUCUGCACUCUUAUCUACCUGUCUAGUGUUGGAAAUCAGAUCCUCUCCCUUUUAUUUCUCCUUUUUGUAAGUCACAUGGACUGAAAGGCAACUGGAGCUGAAUUAAAAUAUGCUUCUCAAUCAUGGAUCAGACAAGGGUCUGGGGCAGGGACCCCGAAAAGAGUUGAAUUAGCAAAUCUCUCUUUAAAAACAAAAGGCCUGGGUUGAAUAUGCACAUGCUAGCUGGUAUACACUGUACAACCACGAGUACAUGAUGGCUGUACUGUGUGUAUAUGGCUGGAUCUCUCUGUUUUCCACUUAGCCUACGCCCUCCCCCUGCCCCGGUUGGUUCAGCCCUUACCCUGUGUAUCCGACAUUCUAUUCCCCAGAAGACGAGAUCAUAAACAUAUCAGAGUAAUACGAAAUAAUGAAAACAAAUACUUGAAUCAAAAGAAGCGCCAAUAAUGUAAUGUGAACACUUUUUGUAGUGGUUUUUUGUCUCAUUCAUACACUUCAGAGAUUUUUUGAUAGCGUCGGUUCAGAGUGAAUAAAAAUUUGAAAUGUUGAAAACAAAGAUCGAUAUAAAGGCAAAAUUUUACAUCUGUUGUAUUUGAGUGUUUGCACAAGGCUGCUUGUACUGUACGAAUGAAUGUGAGGUGAAAAUACGUGUGAGAGCUCGUGAUUACAGCGGAGGAAUUAUCCGCCUCGUGUUCUUCUUUUCGAUUCAGUAUACUUUUGUUGUUGAUUUUUCUUUUUUUUUUUUUUUUGCUUGUCAAAACUAUAUUCUGAUGUUAAUUGUUACUAGCCUCUAGCGUUGCACUGAGUGUCGGCCUCACCCCUCAUCCAGCUAAACGAACAACAUGAUACAAGUACUGAGGGGAGACGGGGACAGUUCACGUGUAAAUGUUUACUCAAGGACUAAAAAUAAGUGUGUUUUUAAAAAUGUAAUGUUUAUCUACCUUAGUGGCUUUCAUUGUGGAAUAAUCCAAGAAAGUAUGGAUCAUAAUUGAGGAUUGCACCAUUUUUCAGACUAUAAACCUAAAAAAAAAAAAAGAAAAACUGAAAAAAAUCACAUAUAUAUAAAAAAAAAUGCAAAAAAAAAAAAAAAAAAAAGUAUUUUGCAGACCUGUGGCCAUAGAUUGGGGUAGAAGGACUUCAGCUCUCCUAAAUCUGAGCAACGGAGAGCGAAGGACGAGACAUCAGACCGAGCCUUGGCUUCUAGGGCUCAUUCAGAGGUGCCUACCUUUUUUUUCUUUUUUUUUUUUUUUGGUUUGUCAGCUUUUCGUUCUGUUUUCACUCAUCUGUUUUAAUGCAAGGCCACUGACAGUUUACAAACACUUAGUUUUUUUCUAGAGUUCAAAAAAAUUUCAGCAAAACAAAGGAAGGAAUGUUGGAAAAAGAAAAAAAACAGGACAAAUGCUUCCAUUUUUGAGAAAAAAAAGAAAAAGAGAAAAAGUGCAACACAAACGCUUCACCGAAUGAAGAUUUAUUCUUGUGCUACUUUCAGAACUCUGGGAUCGAACAGUGUUGUCUCGUUCUGCUUAACCUUCUGUAUGUUUUAUGUUGAUUAUAUAUAUUUUUCCUUUAUAUAAAAACAAACAAAAAAAGAAAAAAAGACAUAAUUGCUCACUCUCUUGCACACACACGAAAAAGUGGAUCUUGUCUCAGGAAGGUUCCAGAGUACCGACUCCACGCCAUUUUAAUGUACAUUUUUAUGAUGAGUUAAAAACAAGAAAAAUAACAAAAAAAAAGGAUGACUUAAAAGAAACAAUUCUAAGCACUGAAAGUUAUGGAUUUCAGAAGAAGAGAAAUUUUGUUUCUAAAUCCGUAGCAGUUACGUAAUAACCAAAUAAUGGACUUUAAAUGAAAAAUGGAGUGCUUUAUAUAUAAAUCUAUAUAUUAAAAUUGCUUUACAUUUAAAAAUGGUCAAUGAUGAGUUUGUUUAAAAAAGAAAAGGGUAAAAAAAAGAAAAAAAUAGGGUGAAUAACAUGCAAAAUGCUGUAUGUUUGAAUCUUUGUGUUUUCUUAAUGAGGUCCCGUCCUGAACGAAUCAGGAACAUUGUGCAUUACUCUCUCUCUCUCUCUCUCUCUCUCUCUCUCUCUCUCUCUCUCUCUGUCUCUCUCUCUCUCUCUCUGUCUCUCUCUGUCUCUCUCUCUCUCUCUCUCAUUCUCUCUCUCUCUCUCUCAUUCUCUCCCACAGCGGGUAUUAUUAUGAUUAUGAUUAUUAUUAAUAGAAGAAUCAGACUUUUGAACAUGAGCUGGUUGUAAAGGAUCAUGAAACUAUGCACAAGUGUCGGGGGGCGGGUGGGGGUUUGGGUUUUACAGCCCGGCUGAUCUUAUUGCAGGGGUUUUUGGGAUCCAAUGUGUUGUUGUUUGUUAAUUUUAAUUUUUAAACGGGGGUGGAGGGAGGCGGUGGAGAGGUGACUCACUUCAAACCCUCCACCUCCGGCUUCCUUCCCCUGAUUCAGAUCGACCUACAUCGCCAUGCUGUGUAUUCCUAAAACCAAUGAGCGUCUCACUCUUUAGCACUGUGGGAUUCUAGCCUGUCGCCCUCAAGGGGUUUAUUAUUUGUUUUGUUUUGUGGAGGGUGGGUUUAGGGCUGCUUUUAUUUUAUUUUUUGCCUUUUUUUUUUUUUUUUUUUUGAAAAUAUUCAGUAAAAAUGUCUGUACUGAGAGUUAAUGAGAAGUCAGUGGCUUGUAAUGUUUUAUUUUUUUUCUCUGUAUAUCUCUUUCUCCUCAUAGAAUGUGAUUGUUAAAUGACAUGCACCGAAACAAAAUGUUUUCAUGAACUAUGGAGCUUCUUUCAAAUAUUAAUAAAAUAGCAUUUUUUUCUUGGCUGUUAAA